AUGUUUUAUCAAAUUACCAUUGAAAAUAGUAGCACGUCUCUCGGCUCUAUCGACACGAUAAUAUAUGACCAGGCUUCGAUCUCAAAAGCUCUCGUCACUUUCACUCAACUAGUUCUGCUUCCUGUCAUUUCGUUUAUUGGAAUUUCAGGAAACGUCAUCAGUAUUGUAAUCCUCUCAAGAGAUGGUCUCCACAAGUGCUCCAAUGUUUUGAUCUGUGUUCUUGCAGUAGCUGACAGUAUGUACCUCAUUGGGAUCAACAACGUACCAAACAUCCUGAUGAACCAGGACUUCACAACUGCGUGUCGCCUUAAUGACUUGGUCGCAGUUCUCUUCGCUAUAGUCAACAACCUCUUCUCCAUGCUGGAGAAUACUGGGAUGAUUGUCUCCAUGCUAGUUCCGACGCUGAUUGUCGUGGAGAGAUUUGUCGCUGUGUUUUUCCCGUUUCAUUUCACCAAGAUAGUCACGCCUCUGCGAAAUCGUGUCGCAGCGGCGUGUCUGUUUCCGCUGGCCAUUCCUUUGCUGACAAUGAAUGUCUUCAUAUACCAUGAUGCAAUUAUCUGUAACGGCACAGACGUAAUCUUUACUUUGAUGGGCGCUAAACUUGAGGUUAUACAAAUCUACACAUUAUUGACUAAAAUCUACUCUACCGUUUGUGGCCCCGUGUCAGUAUGCUUUGUAAGUUUCGGCUGCGUUCUUAUAUCCAUUAAAGUUCACGCGCAACAAAGUGUCCGCCGUGCCAUCAUUACAAGACGAAAGAGUGCUCAUGGCAGGGAAGGCAAACUUCAUAAGGAUUCCGAGAGAGAUCCAGAAUUCUUCAAAAGUACCAGGACCACUAAGAUUCUCAUUUCUGUUUGUUGCGUCUACUCCCUGACAGGGACUCUCAGUUUCAUGUCAGACUUGGUAGUAACUCCACAAAAUGUUGGUUUUGAGAUGAGUUUCUGGAUUCACAGGGCCUCUCUGGUGUGCAUAAGUCUCAAUAGUACAGCCAAUUUUAUCAUUUACGUCGCUUUUAAUCGCAAAUUUAGGGACGCCUAUGUAACAAUGUUCUUUUAUUCCAUUCGCAGAAAAAAAUAA